AUGAGUCAAACAUCUCUGAAACAAAAAAAGAAGAAUGAGACUGGAUCGAAGAACUCAAAAGACAGCAUAGACACAGAGAAAAGAAAGGAUUCUGACAAAUCAGGAGUUCGUCUGAGCACUCAGAUGAGGCGUGCAGUCAAUCCGAAUCACUUGCUGAGAUGUUGCCCCAUGCGAGGUCACACGUCGUGUAGACGCUGCCUUUGUGCAGCUGAGGGAACAGUACCUCUUGGCCCUUGCCGCACAAUACGUAUUUAUAUUCACAUGUGCCUGUUGUGGGAGCAGGGCCGGCAGAUCACCAUGAUCAGGGGAUCACAGGAAUUAUCAUUGCCAAAGACUGAUUCCCGAGGUCUCCUUGUGCGAAAUCAGUGGUCCCGAACUUCACGGAGCCCAUCUACCAGAGGUCCAUCAAUAGACGAACCCAGAAGCAAGAGCACCAGUCUUAAGCUCCCCAAUAGCUCCACGACCUCCCGGACUUCAUCUGCCUCCCCUAGCCAGCACGAGUCCCCAGAGCAGCUGUCAGAGCAGGCCUCUCCGCCCACGCCACCUCUGCCAUCCACGCCGCCCAUGCCUCUCGACUCGCGUCCUCCCACUCCCCCGGAGCCCCAUAGCUCAUCCCGGCGCAGCACCAGGAUGCAAGAGAAUCCCGAAGCCUGGGCUCACGGCAUCGUGCGGGAUAUCCGCGACUCCCGGGAGUCUUCGCAGCUGCGGGAUUACCCACGCACGCCCCCCACCGAAUGGAAGUCGUAUUCCCAGCGCAGAUCGACUUACUCCUCUCAGCUGGACCGCGACUGUCUGUCCGAACUGCCUCAACCACCCCGGCAGCACCAACGGGAGGAAGAGGAGGAGGAGGAGGAAGCCUACUGGGCCUCGGUGAAAACUCUGUAUGAGAAGAUCCCGAGCUGCUCGCGCCCCCGACCGCCCAAACCCAAGAAUGCUAUCACCAUCGCUGUGUCAUCCCGGGCUCUUUUCAACAUGAUGGACGCCAGGAAAAUCUACGAGGAAGAGGGUCUAGAAAAGUACAUGGAAUAUCAGCUCAACAAUGAGAAUGUCAUCCUGACCCCAGGGCCUGCGUUCCGCUUUGUUAAGGCACUGCAGCAUGUCAAUGCUAGACUCCGUGAGCUGUAUCCUAACGAACAGGACUUAUUUGAUAUUGUACUGAUGACUAAUAACCAUGCCCAAGUGGGAGUGCGGCUUAUAAACAGCGUCAAUCACUAUGGCUUACUAAUUGAUCGCUUCUGUCUGACCGGUGGAAAAAGCCCCAUUGGCUAUUUGAAGGCAUAUCUUACCAACUUGUAUCUUUCUGCAGAUUCUGAAAAAGUACAAGAAGCAAUACAAGAAGGGAUCGCCUCUGCAACAAUGUUUGAUGGAGCUAAAGACAUGGCUUACUGUGACACACAGCUCCGUGUGGCCUUUGACGGGGAUGCCGUCCUCUUCUCUGACGAAUCUGAACAUAUUGCCAAGGAGUAUGGGCUGGACAAAUUCUUUCAACAUGAAACACUAUUUGAAAAUAAGCCUCUUGCUCAGGGUCCCUUAAAAGGCUUUCUGGAAGAUUUAGGCAGACUGCAAAAGAAGUUUUAUGCCAAAGACGAACGGUUACUUUGCCCUAUCAGGACCUACCUGGUUACAGCCAGGAGUGCAGCCAGUUCAGGCGCCCGUGUGCUGAAAACCCUUCGCCGCUGGGGUCUAGAGAUAGACGAAGCUCUUUUCCUUGCUGGAGCCCCCAAAGGUCCCAUUUUGGUGAAGAUAAGGCCCCACAUUUUCUUUGAUGACCACAUGUUCCACAUUGAAGGGGCACAGAAGCUCGGCACCAUAUCAGCUCAUGUACCUUAUGGCAUUAAUCAAAAAUGAACAAUUAGGGAUGGAGAGGAGAAAUAAAGCAGUGAGUCCGGUAUUACAGAAACCACUUUUUGUGGAUCUCUAGGUUAUUAGAUAGGUAUUUCAGAAGAUCAGGCCAGAACUUAGUUCAUUUGGAAAAGAGGUUACCUUUUGAUUUUUUUGAAAACAUUUUGAACUUUCAGGUUACUUUCAACUACUUCUCUUUGAGCUGUCAGUGCUGUUGAAUACAACUGCACCUACCCUCAUGGGUAAAUCAUAAUGAUGACUCUUUAGGAUAAGCUUAGUACUUGAAUGCUUAAAAGCUGAAAGGCUAAAGCCUAGUUGGUUUUACAAAGCAUUGCUCAUUUUUGGAUGUUGGUAGACAGAAUGAAUUGUUACCCAUCAUCACUGUAGAAUAUUGGUCUUCAAGGAAGGAAAGAGUAAGGCUAAACACAAUCUUGAAAAUUAGAGUUUAUUCUGUUGCCUCUAUGACCAGCUUUUUAAUCAAUACAAAAUUAAAAAGUCACUCCACCUGCAUAAGAAUACCAAUUCUGACACUGUUCAUUCAGAAAUAAAUCAGCAGGUUAUUCAUAUCGGGCACUUUCCAUCUUAAGAUGAGAUCCAGACAGAAGUUCCUGGGUAAGCAAGCUCCUUUGAAGCUUACCUGGUGGGUCCAUUGCCUCUGGACCACAAGGCUUCACAUUUGAAAUCUUUAGCUCUGGGCCAGCAGGUAGGUCCAAGGUUUACACAGGAAAAAAAGCCUUGGCUGCCACUUCAAAAUGUAACAUAAAGUAUGGUAUCCUAUAUCCUAGA